CUGAUGAAUUUCUCAACAAACACUUCUGACUAUACCUCACCAUUUGGCGUCCAUUAACACAAUCCCACACACUUCCAAUGCUUCUUGCUUUCGCUUUCCUCUUUAUGAAAUAGUGUCACAGACAAAGUCAUCUCUAAUCCCAUUCAAGUGACGCUCGAUCACUCACUUCUUGCUUCUUCUUUAACUCUUCUUCUUCUUCUUCUUCUUCUUCUUCUUCUUCAUGCUUUCGAGAAAGCAACCACCUCCGGAUUCUCCAUGGAAGGAGAAGGAGGAGAAGUUGCUGUACUACACCAAAAACAAAGAACCCAACAACUUGUUGAUGACCAUUCUCAACAAUCCCCACCUCAGGUUUGGUGCUUUCGUCUUUGUCUUUCUGUCUGCUUGGCUUCUUCUGCUCCUCUUUUGGUUCCCUCCCAAAAUCACAACCACACCGACAACCACACCCAAUGUGGCCAGUGCUGUUCUUGUUCCAGACCAAGGUGAACAACCAAAAUCACAAUUAAAUGUACGAAUAUGCGAGGAUCCAAGCGUGUCGGUGUAUGUAUACCCUUUGCCGGCGAAGUUCAACACUGGCCUCCUUGACCGGUGCAAAACCCUAAAUGUCUACACAGACAUGUGUCCACACAUUGCCAACCACGGACUCGGCCAGCCGAAACCAAACAUGGGCUCGGCCGCGUCGUGGUUCGCCACCCACCAGUUCAUCGCCGAGAUGAUCAUCCACGCGCGAGUGGAAAAUCACCCAUGUCGAACGCACGACCCCUCACGCGCCACCCUCUUUUACGUCCCCUUCUACGGCGGCCUCUACGCUUCCAGCAAGUUCCGCGAGGUCAACUUAACCACCCGCGACGAGCUCGCGUUCGAAUUGGUGGAGCACAUUCAGUCCCAGCCUAUAUGGCAGAAGCGACACGGCAAGGACCACUUUAUCGCCCUGGGGAGAACCGCAUGGGAUUUCAUGAGAACAACCGACGGCCCAGAUUUCGGCGCCAACGUCCUCCUCAACCUUCCCGCCGUUAAAAACAUGUCGGUGCUGACCGUAGAGAGACAACCUUGGCAGGGAGCCAACCAGUUCGGCAUACCCUACCCUUCCUACUUCCACCCCUCAUCCUUGCCGGAGAUGCUGACGUGGCAGGCCAAAAUGCGCGGCGCCGCCCGGCCCUACCUCUUCUCCUUCAUCGGAGGGCCGAGAAAGGGAUUAGAGAAGGCGGCGAUACGUAACGAGUUCAUAAGGCAAUGCGCCGAGUCGGGACGGUGCUUCCUCAUGAAAUGUGGCGCCAACGGAGCUAGCAAAUGCCACGAGCCGAGUGAGGUGCUUAAGGUGAUGAGUGAGUCUCAAUUUUGCUUGCAGGCUCCCGGUGACUCCUAUACGAGGCGGUCAACGUUUGACUCGGUGCUGGCUGGGUGCAUUCCGGUGUUCUUUUCGCCGCAUACGGCGUACACGCAGUACAAAUGGUUUCUACCGGCGGAGGUGAGCGAGUAUUCGGUUUACAUUGACGAGAGGAGUGAGGGGAGUAAGAGCAUAGAGGAAGAGUUGCUUAAGAUUCCGGCGGAGAAGAUGGAGAUGAUGAGGGAGAAGGUGAUUCAGAUGAUACCUAGCUUGACGUACGCGCAUCCGAGUGCGAGUGGUUUAGGGUUUAAGGACGCCGUUGACGUGGCGCUUGCAUCAUUGGCUAAUCAUGUGAAUAAUUUAGUUCAUUAAUUUGAUUUAAUUAAUUAGCAGCUGCGUUUUAUACGUGUGUAUAUUGGGAGCCAGCGUUUUGUGGUUGUGGAUGGAAGAUGGUUCAAUUCCUUUAAACCUUGCCGACAGUUUCGCCUUCUUCUUCUUCUUUUUUUUAAUUUUAUUCUUUCUUA